UCAUACGCAGCAGGGCACUGAGCUCAUGAGGUCACAGAAGGUAUAAAAACAACGUGUGGUCAUACCUGGGCAAGUUUUCCUGUGGGACUAGACUUGAAGAACUUCAACGUAGUACAGGAAGACAACACCUGCGGAAUAUGCGGAUCACCAUUGUAAUCGCAGCCAUACUUGUGGUGACGUGUGCGGGACAGGUGGACGUCCCAGCUCGCUGCUGCUUACCUAAGAUAUGGGAAGGCAGGAUGGCGACUGUGCAGACUGGGCCUCAAGGUCAAGGUUUCACGACGACCACGAUGAGAAUGUCCUACGAUUUCUCCAUCAAGAAAUUCGCUCUUCAGGAAAUGAACAUGCGUUUUAGGGUUGUUGCAGAUUUCAGCAAGAUGAUUCAGUACGUCAUCACGCCUGACGGGAAGUGCACGACUUCAAAGUUGCCGACCGACAUGAUGGCCUGCAUUCCCGACAACGCGACGUUCGUAGAAACUGUAGUGUACGGUGGGCCAGGCGGCAUGGUGCUGGAUAAGUGGGCGGUGAAAGUACCGGAUCCACCCGUCGACGCCGUCGUGACCGUCACCAGGGAUGGGUGCGUCUUCGCUAACGAAGCGAUCACUGGCACGAUUAGCGGAGCGCCGUACUUUCAGGCUAUUGAGUUUUCCAACAUCACGUACGCUAUCACGGACCCUACAGUGUUUAACGUGCCCAGCCCGCCCUGUCCUACUGACAGUAAUGGGAAUAUGUUGACGGGAAAAACGUCGUUCUUCAUGGGACUGUGAUUCAGAGGUGGCACGGCAAAGAAUUAACCCGGAUUCUAGAUUUUAGUAUUAAAAGCAUAUAGUCUUAUGUGAAGUCAAUAAAGGCUGUCUGUAUAGAA